AUACUACACAAAAGAAUAUUAAUCAUUUAAUUCUCGAUCAAAUGAAACGAGACCAAGUAAAUAUGCCAGAAGAAAGUCAUAAAUUUAAUCAAAACACUUUCGCUAGCUUAUAUUUCUUACUCCCAGCACACACACCACCCCCAACUCAAGUAAUUAAGCCUUAUAUAUAUAAUAUGCAUCCCUUUAUGAGUUUUCUUACGAGUUAACACUGAAGCAGCAGACAAACAUACUUGUUAAUAAAUUAUCAUAUAUUGAAAAAACUAAUAAGAAAAAAUUAAUGGCAACUGAUUCAAACAGCAGUGAUCGCAAGGAAGAAGAAUACGCAGAGUGUGCUUGGAAGAGUCUUCAACACGAAGAACUGACGGAACUUGAACAUGCUGUAGGUCAUGUCAAUAACAAUGAAAAAGAUGAAGAAAAACUGAGACAACUGAUAGAAAAAAUCAUAAAACACUUCCAAGAGCACUCUGAGAAGCGUCUCCAUCUAGCCCGAAAAGACGUGUCCCCAUUCUUCGCCCCCGCCUCGUGCUCUUCCUCGGAGAGUUCGGUCCUAUGGAUCGCUGGCUGUAGACCUUCUUCUUUCAUUCGACUCAUUAUGCCCUCACCGAAUUUGAACCUGACGCCAACGAAACUGAUCCGUGUCUUGAGGGGAUCGUAAGCAGGAAGCUCCGCGAACUAAGUGGGAAACAGUUGAGCAUGGUUAACGAUUUGCAAAGCAAGACGAUUGCAGAAGAGAGGAGGAUUUCGAAUAAAUUUGCUAGUUUACAAGAGGACAUAGCGGAUCAACGGCUUGUGGGGAAGAUGAAAAAAGAGGGACAUGGUUGUGAGAAAGCGGAUGAAGCUUUGGAUGAACAUAGUAGACACAUGGCGGAUGUUAUUGAAGAAGGUGAUCGACUGAGGAUGAAAACGUUGAAGGCAAUAGUGAACCUACUUGAACCGGUUCAAGCGGUGGAGUACUUAACAGCAGCUAAGAAAAUGAGGUUUUGUGUGCAACAAUGGGGAGAGAAGAGGGAUCAGCAGCAUAAACAGUAGUAAUCAAUCUACUUCUUUUUAAUUAUUUUUUUUUAUGAUAAUAAAUGGGAAGGAAAAAAAAAACAUGUAUGGGUGAAUUUUUCUGGUUAAAGUUAGUGCACCCUCAAUAUAAAGCCAUGUAUUGUGGUGCUACCUGAUUUGCUUCUCCGAAGCAUUACACCACUUUAAUAUAAGCAUGACUUCAGUUUCAGGUUA